GAUUCGGGCGCUAAUCAUAACUUGCUUGUUUUCCCGUGAUAAGUUCAAGGAUUUUAUAUGGUACCUCCUACUAAACGUAAGGCUUUUAAUGGACAGAAACUUAAACCGAUCAUAAAGUUACUGCGUUCUCGUGAAUUAGGCACGAGCCAGUACAUUGGUACGGGUCAGAUACCAGAGUCUUCAUCUAAAUUUCCAUUCGUGUGGCAAAGACGCAGUCUGAAUCCUGGCCAUAGAAAUAAAAUCUUCGCCUGUCAAUGGAUUACCAAUAACCAUGUUGUCUAUGGUACAAAAUGUAACAAUUUAGUUCUAUAUGACUGCACCUCAAAUGAAAGCUUUGACAUUCCUUUGAUAAAAUCAGCUACCCCGUACGCAAAUCAACUUAAUCCUUGUGCUUGUGGUAUUCAUUCCAUUCAACUCAAUACAUCGAAAACGUUUAUAGCUACAGGGGGAGAUAAUGUCAAUCAUAUCGGAGUCUAUAGAUUGUCGGAAUUUUCUCCUCACUGCUUACUUUGCGAUUGCCACAAUGAUUGGGUUUUUGACUUACGGUGGCUAGAUGAUACUUGUUUAGCGUCAUGUUCGCGAGACUCAUCGUUAGCUUUAUGGCGGAUUCCGUCUUCUGAACAAUACCCUAACAAUGACAACAGAAUAUACCGAAGUGUUGACGCCGCAUCAGAUUCAUCUGUAUUCCAUAUCCGACGUCCUAUCGCGUACGCCAUGUCAUCUACACCUGAUGAUCGUUUUCGUGCUUUGGAGUAUCUUCCGACUCAGACAAGCCUUGCAGUUGUAUCAAUGUCGCGUCGCCUUUACUUAUAUGACGCUGUUCGAAUGGGCUUGGAUAAACGGACACGUCCGAUUUACACUUUAGUUUUGAGAGAUGCUUAUCAGGAAGCCGUAGCUCUUCGACGUUGGCCAUCUGAGCCUAAUUGCAUAGCACUUGCAACUCAUCAUUGUGUACUUUUGUUCGAUAUUCGAUGUUCUACAGUCAAGGUUGGAGCUGCAGCACGCUGUAUACUUCCCCCUUUAGAUGUAUCAGGUGUCCGAUCUCUAAACUUUGCUGGAUCAGUUCUAUCUUACGGCACUUCCAGUGGUCAAGUGCACUUUUAUGACCUUAGAAGUGAUCAUCAUCUACCAAUACAGUUGGACGUUGGUCCUGGUUGGUUGAAACCACAAGCAUGUGACGAAUUCGAGGUACCGUCUGUUGUGUCCUCUUCAGUUGCCCCUAUUCCCAGACCAGUUUCACAACCUCAAGCAAUGGUUCAAACUUCUUCUAACUGGAAUGCACCUUCUCCACCACCUUCCCCUGCACAUCCAGCUCUUUUGACACGGUCUCUAAAUACUGUUCGUUCAUCACAACUUAGGGCUGAAGUUGUUAACAAUAUACGUGUUCGUCUAGACAGAAUCCAACAUCGUUUGUCGAGUUUACGUAGUCGGCGUAGCAUGGCAGUGGCUGGAGCUUUAAACACCUAUCCAGUUGUCGAGGCAUCAGUGUCUGACAGGUCGGUUUACGCUAAUCUUCGAAGUGAUACAUAUCAACAGAAUACUACUACAGAGGAUGGUAAUGAUUCUUCAUUAUCAGAAUCAUACUUCCCAGUCGAUGAUCUCCAGUCAACCACAAAUAAUGAGACUGCGACGGUGGAUUCUCUGGAUGGUCAUAAUCCAAGUUCAAGUGAAUCAAAUGAAAUUGAUACACCUUCUACACAUGUAGUAAUGCCUUUUGGUUUACCACGUUUACAAAUCCGUGAUCCAAAUUUAGGACCUAUUUUUUUAGGAAUGAAUUAUUUUGGCAAUAUUCAUUCUGAUUUUGUAUCUUUUCCUACAUUUUUCAACCAACGUCGAAUGCUGGCUGUUUAUACGCAUGAAUAUGACCCUUCAGGUACACGUUUGUUCACAGCAGGUGGUCCAAUCGCUUCCACAUUUCAUGGGAAUGUCGCUGCCUUAUGGGAGUAAAGCUUGUAUUUUACUAGUACUACUAUUUGUUUUAUUUCACCAGCGGUCUUUCUAUAUGUUUGCGUAUGCGUGUUCGCACAUAACUUACUGACCAUUAGAGUAUCUAUUCACAUAAUGUAUUUACUUUUCUUGUUAUUGUCAAAAAAUUUUUUUUUCCUACUUGUUUCUUCAGUGUUAAUGUAUCUAUUUGCUUAUUUUCUCCUUGACAUGCUCACUAUAUGUGUUCUUCACUUUCUUUAUCUAUGUAGACUGUUUCAUCAUUACUUGGAUGCUUUAUGCUGUUUAUACCGUAGCUUUACUGUUGUUCACUUCUGUGAUUUCAUUUCAGCAUCUUUUUAUCUAUGCUCAGAAGUUAAUUUCUUGUUUAUACUUGUCCUAGGUUAAUAAUAGCCGAGUUGUUUAUAACCAUAUUUACAUUCAAAAUAAUUAUAACAUCUAUAGAUAAUUAUCAGUCGAAUUCAGAUAUUCACUCAAUUACUGAUUACAUUUAUUGUUCGUACUAUAAGAACAUGUACUUUAUUUUCCAAGGCUUCCUUAUAUACAACAAAAUUUCUCUGUAUAAUCUGUACAUAUUACUUUCUGAUUAAUACCAAAUAAAUUGUAUUUUUCUCGCGUUCA